GAACACGUGAAAAGAUCGUAAACAUUUACGAUGGAUGCGUACGAUAUAUUUAAAACCCUUUCUUUUGGAAUAAAAUAUGAUUUGAAACGUUUUCCAAGUGAUGCAGAAAGAUUUUCGUUAGUGAAAAAACAUUCGCCCAGAGACUUGUUAAAAGUCAAUGAAGAAUCAGAUGACGUUGAAAAAAGUAAAAGGAACAUUGUUGAAACAGGUAGUUCAGAAGAGAUUGUAAAGUAUUCCAAAAGAAAACACGAUGAUAAUGAUGAAAAUGAAAAACCAAAAAAUGUACUUACACUUUUGGAUGGAAUAUCUGCCGUUGAAGAUGGGACUAUCAUCAGGCCAAAGAAAAAGAGUAAAAUUAUGACAGAAGAUAAAAAGUUGAAAUUAGAACAAGAAAAGAUAAAUCAGUAUCGAAAUCAGCACCAUAUAUCUGUUACUGGUAGUCAUGUACCAGUACCUAUAAAAUCUUUUGAAGAAUUGUUUGAAAUUUACAAUGUCAAAAGUGACAUUUUGCAGAACAUGAAAAAUUGUGGAUACACUGAACCAACUCCCAUUCAAAUGCAAGCUAUGCCAGUCAUGUUACAAGGAAGACAAAUAUUAGCAUGUGCACCGACCGGUUCAGGAAAAACUGCUGCAUUUUUACUUCCUAUUAUACACCAUCUAAUUGGGCCUCAAAAAAAGGGCUUUCGAGCUGUAAUUAUUAGUCCCACAAGAGAAUUGGCUAAACAGACUUAUAGUGAAUGCAUGAGAAUGAGUGAAGGUAGAGGUUUCCGAGUUCAUAUAAUCAGUAAAAUAAAGCAAGCACUAACACAAUAUGGUCCCAAAAGUAAUCAAAAGUAUGAUAUUCUAAUAACUACACCCAAAAGAGUUGUUUUCUUAUUGAAUCAAGACCCACCAGCAAUAAGUUUGAACAAUGUUGAAUGGCUUGUUGUUGAUGAAGCAGAUAAGCUAUUUGAAGAAAGUACUAGAGGAUUCAAAGAACAAUUACAAGAAAUUUCAAAAGCUUGCACAAAUCCUAAUAUACAUUAUGCAAUGUUUAGUGCUACUAAUACACCUGUACUUACAAAAUGGUGCAGGCAUAAUUUGAAGGGAUUAGUUACAAUUACAGUAGGACAUAGAAAUGCUACUGCAGAUACCAUAGAACAAGAAUUAUUAUUUGUUGGAUGUGAAAGGGGAAAACUUAUUGAAAUUAGGAAUAUUAUUCAGAAGGGAUUAAAUCCACCAGUGCUCAUUUUUGUCGACACUAAAGCAAGAGCUGAAGAAUUAUUUAAAGAACUUAUUUACGAUGGUAUCAAUGUAGAUAUGAUCCAUGCUGAAAGGACUCAAACACAACGAGACAACGUAGUACGAUGUUUUCGAGAAGGAAAAAUAUGGGUUCUCAUAUGUACAGAAAUGAUGGCUCGUGGUAUUGAUUUCAAAGACGUUAACCUUGUUAUAAAUUAUGACUUUCCUAAAUCAGCAAUAUCUUAUAUUCACAGGAUAGGUCGAACGGGUCGAGCUGGACGUAAAGGAAAAGCUAUAACAUUCUUUACCCAAGAUGAUGCCAUUAAUUUAAGAAGUAUUGCUACGAAAAUGCGAGAAGCGGGCUGUGAAGUACCUGAUUAUAUGUUAGCUAUGAAGAAAAUCAGUAAGAAACAGAGGAGAAAAUUAGAACUAGCUCAUCAAUAUCCUGCGAUAGGUACGAAUAUUAUACGGAAAAAAAAAGAAAAUCGUACGGAUGCCUGUAAGAAAAAUGUAUAAAAAUUACAAUGGUGCCUUUUUUGAACGUCACUGUACAGAUUUUAUAUGGAACAAUCCACACCAUUUUCGUAAGUUUUUUUUAUGAGUUCUAUAUAAAUUCUGUACGGAAUCUCUGCGAAUCCUGUAUAAAAUAUUUUUGAAUUUGGAAUUAAAGAAAUUUGUAGAAAAAUAAAUAAUUUACUUAUGUAUUUAAUAUUUUAUUGUUGUGUCUAUAUUA